ACCAGAUUGAGGAGACUAUUAUUUUUGUGACUUCGCGCACUCCCGCCUGUUCUAUAAAUUCUACGCCGCAUUGUAUGGUGAAGUCUAAUUAUUCCAUCUGAAGUAGGUGGGGUUCUGAGAAUUGUUCUGCGCGUCAGUUGCCUGCAUCACGAAAAGUAAUCAUCGUUGGAAACACUGAACUAGACUAGUGCAGAGUAGACCCUCGGCUAAGAUACAGCAACCGUAAGAUACCUUGUUUUAAUCUUUAGCGGCUUAGGGUAUUAAUUGCUCAUCACCAUGGAGUGCGCUUUUGACAACUUGGAUGCCGCAGGUUUUCUGGAAAUUUGGCAACACUUUGAUGCAGAUGAUAAUGGUUAUAUUGAGGGAAAGGAACUGGAUCAUUUCUUCAGUCAUAUGAUGAGGAAAUUAGGUCCGGAGGAUGAAGUAACUGAGGAGAGAGUCCAGAGGCUGAAGCAGAGAUUCAUGUCGGCCUAUGACGUCACCGUCGAUGGGCGCCUGCAGAUCCAAGAGUUAGCCAUGAUGAUACUCCCAGAGGAUGAGAACUUCCUGCUGGUUUUCCGCAGAGAAGCACCUCUUGACAACAGUGUCGACUUCAUGAAGAUCUGGAGAAAGUAUGAUGCAGACAGCAGUGGGUACAUAUCAGCAGUGGAGCUGAAGGGCUUCUUGAAGGAUCUGUUCCAGGAGCACGGGAAGGUUGUGUCCCCCAGCAAACUGGACGAAUACACAGACACCAUGAUGAAAAUCUUUGACAGAAGCAAGGAUGGCUGCUUAGAUCUGAACGAUUUGGCCAGGAUCCUGGACCUUAAAGAAAACUUCAUGCUACAGUUCCAAAUGAAUGCCACCAGUCAUGAAGAAAGGAAAAGAGACUUUGAGAAAAUAUUCAAUCACUACGAUGUUAGUCAGACUGGGGCUUUAGAGGGAGUGGAGGUGGAUGGCUUCGUGAAGGACAUGAUGGAGCUGGUUCGGCCCAGCAUCACCGGUCCCGAGCUGGACAAACUGAGGGCUGUUCUGCUGGGCCACUGUGACGUGAACAAGGACGGGAAGAUCCAGAAGAAUGAGCUAGCUCUGUGUCUGGGGCUGAAACCCAACAAGGUUUAGUCCCCCACCAUCAAUGCCCAGUUGGCCCGGGUCUUGUCCGUUUCACACCUGAGGUUGCGUUGAGGCCUCUUUCCAGUACAAAGCAAAGAAUAGGAAUAUGACAGCUGAUGGUGUGUACAUGUUGUGAACAUGUGGCAUGGUGCUUAAGUAUAUCUGUGGUUUUCUUCAUGUGAUAAUGUGUACGGAAUGCAGAUGUUGCUUGGUGAACGGCAGGAAAGUGUUCAGCCUUCAAGAAUUUCUUCUAGAUGAUGCUUCUCUUCCUUGUGUUCUGUGUCAACCACAGUAUAUUUAUUAACCAAGUUUUGUUUUUAAUAUAUUAUUCAUGAAAUGAUUCAAAUAAUUUGAGAAUGAUGAAUAAACCAAGAAUAG